AUGUCUCGGAGCUCCGUUUGGACUUGCUGUCUCAGCCAAGAGGCCAAAGAGGCUCGCCGGAUCAACGAUGAGAUUGAGAGGCAGCUCCGCCGCGAGGAGAGGGAGUCCAGAUGGGAAUACAAGCUGCUUCUGCUCGGAACUGGUGAAAGUGGGAAGAGCACUUUCAUCAAGCAGAUGAGGAUCAUUCAUGGCCGUGGAUACUCCGACGACGAGAGGAGAGGCUUCACCCGGCUGAUCUACCAGAACAUCUUCACGGCCAUGCAGGCCAUGAUCCAGGCCAUGGACGCGUUACGGAUCCCCUACAAGUAUGAACGCAACAAGGCAAACGCCAGUAUUGUCCGCGGCGUAGACGUGGUGAGGGUGACAACAUUAACAAACCCUCACGUUGAGGCCAUCCAGAGCCUGUGGAGUGACCCGGGGAUCCAGGAAUGUUACACUCUCAAGAGGAAAUACCAUCUGGCUGACUCAGCUAAAUACUUUCUGAAUGACAUUCACCGAAUUUCUGAUACUUCUUAUCUGCCAACCGAGCAGGACGUCCUGAGGGUCAGGUUGCCCACAACGGGUAUUUUAGAGUACCCCUUUAACCUGGAGAACGUGGGGUUCAGGAUGGUGGAUGUGGGCGGCCAGCGUUCAGAAAGGAGAAAGUGGAUUCACUGUUUCGAGGCAGUCACUUCUAUCAUGUUCCUGGUGGCGAUCAGCGAGUACGAUCAGGUCCUCGUUGAGUCCGUCAAAGAGAACCGCAUGGAGGAAAGCCUGGCUUUGUUCCAGACGAUCAUAACCUCUGAGUGGUUCCACCUGACCUCAGUCAUGUUGUUCCUCAACAAGAUGGACUUACUGGAGGAGAAAAUCCUGCACUCUCAUUUGGUCGACUACUUCCCCGAAUACGAUGGUCCUCAGAGGGACGUCAAAGCAGCACGAGAAUUCAUCUUAAAUAUGUUCAUCAGUCUCAAUAUGAACGAGAAAAAGAUCAUCUACUCCCACUUCACCUGUGCCAUGGACACAAACAACAUCCGAUUCGUCUUCAGAGCGGUGAAGGACGACAUCUUGUAUAAAACCCUGAGUGACUACAGAUUUGUUUGAAAAGUUAGCGAUGUUGAUGAAAUUCUUCGACGUUGAACAGGAUGGAAGAUGGAAGCCUCGAGCUGUAAUGAAGAGUCCUGAUGAAUAAAGUGGUGAAGAGUUCACAGAGUUGGAUUAGGACUAGAAUGGACAAUGGGCUGAUUGCCGUGGUCAUUUGACCGGUACCAAAGAAAACGGCUACUGUUAGAAGUAGUUAUGGUGACAGCACACGUCAGAGGGGCCAUAAAGUGUGUCGCUCCGCCGAUAAGGGUCUUAUGUAGGUCUGGCAGAUUACACGGCAACCGACCCCACUCUACUAGUCGGCAAACCCACCCCGCUCUACGAGUCGGCAAA